AAUACUUACAAUCUGAUAACGAUGUGGGAGCACGUGUUGUUGGGGAGAAAUUCGAAUUUUUUUUUUGCCUUGUAGCACGCUCUCGCUCGCACAAGCCUGGAACAGAGAGAGAAACGUAUGCUAUAUAAACAGAAGUGAUGAGAGGAAAAUGCAGGGAGAGGAAAAUGAUGAGAGGAAGAAGCAGGCGAAGAGGAAGUUGGUGUUUGGGGACGAGCCUGAGGUUAGCGGGGAAGAGGAGGAGGAGUCAAUCUGCUCACAAACAAAGAAACGAGCUGUAAUGGACAAGGACUCCUCACUCGUGCCGUUAAUGAAGGAGGUGGAGGGUGCGGGAGAGUUGGACUUUGUCCAACUCAUAAACAAACCUCUACCCAAACCGUGGAUCCCGCUGAGGGAGUUGAAGGAGGAUCUAGCGUACCACAUCAUCGGAGCUCGAGAGGAGACCAAUAAACAUGGUCGAUGUACGUUUCCACAACAUAGUUUUUCCAAGCAGAAUGAUUUCACUUUGAUCACGGCUUCGCUGAUAGUGAGGUUUUCAGCAGACUUCGGACACUUCACCUCAAUCAGAUUAUCACCUCCAACCAGUCCAUCAGGUGAAGCCGCCAAGAAGUCAUGUUCUUUGUCAACAAGCAAACCGGAAGGCUGA